AUGUUUAUUGACGUCCUUGGUGAGAAUCAGACCAUGUGGAAAGGUGAAGGUGGAAAACUGUUUUAUGACGAUAUGAGAUCUUCAGUUAAAUUGUCCAGAAAUCACCGACUUGUCUGCAACGUCAAAGACUGGCGACACUGUUUUAUACUCUGUAGAGUCUCAAACCCCGAUGAUGCCGGAUUUACUACUGAUGUGAACUUUGCUUCUGAUCCAAUUCUUACGUGUGUGGCGGGUUCCGUAUCCCAAUCCUCGUAUGUUGUAGUUGUAAGAGCAAAAUAUCAAUCAGAUGCGGGACAAACAGAUUUAACCAUUACUAUCACAUUCACAGAUCAAUCACCUGCGACAGGACCAACAUGGAACACUGGCACCUCGCAUACAUUAGAUAAAACGGACGCUAACGCGUGUAAUUCUGUCACAACUUUGUCAGCAACUUCGACAGACAGUUCGACCGUUCAAUACAGUAUUCAAGGAAGCAGUGUGUUUACUAUCACCGGAAGUAACAUUCUAAGCUGUACCCUCGGGGACAUCACAUUGUCUUCAUACACAGUAGUUGUAAGAGCCAACCAGGAUAAUAAUGUUCCGACAGAUAUUACAUUGACUAUCACUGUAACAGGCCUUUCAUCAGGGUCAGGAGGCGGUUCUUCAGAAGGAGAAUCAACUACAGAGGACAGUGAUGACAGUUGGAAAUAUGGUGUUGCGUUUGGAACUGUCGGGGCAGUAGGUGUAACAGUAGGCGGACUCAUAUUUGCGAUGAAAGCAGCAAAAAGACGAGAUAAAAGACGAGAUGAUAAAAAUAAAAAAGAUCCUGCUCUAGGUAAAUCGUCUGGAAGCAUGGUCACAGAUACAAAUAUAGUCAAGCCAAAGGAAGAUGUUAAAAGCCCUUUACCAAGUACAGCAGAAAAGGCGGACAAUGCUUUGCCCAACGGAGAUGUUGCUGUAUGACGAAUGAUAUUUAUUGAAGAGAGAAACGACAUGAUAAAAAAUAUAUUUUUGUAAAAAAAAAUAAUUAAAGUUUUGGCUACAUUUACGUAGCAUUACAUUACAAUACACCUUAAAAUAUUCUGCCAACAGUUAGAUAUUGGGCUACAUAUUUUUGUGAGUGCGAUUAAAAAAUAAUAAUGGGCAUCAAAUAACUAAUAUGAGGAAACUGUGAGAAUUAUGUACUUAACAAUGUCUAAAAAUAGUAAUGAUGCAACCGAGUAACUUACUACUUUACACUUAACCCUAACCUUCUGGAAUACAAAAAGGAUUCGCCUUUGUCUCAGGUGUAGACUGCACACCCGUACUGUUGGACCAUUCUCUAACUUGUUGAUAUUUAAACUUCUUAAAGCGGCCUUCUGCUUCUUUAAGGCUAAACAUUUUAUUUUUUGAUAAAAUGUUUCAUAUAAUUGUCAAUUCAAAAGAAUUCAGAGGAAAAUGGAAUUUUCCGACGAUAAAACACAUUAAAUAAUUAGGAACCCUCGUCAAUACCUCUUAUUUACCGUUCGCUAUAUAUUUAAAUUAGUAAAGCGGACGGUUCGUUCCCCGAUCUUUUAUUUUUAGAAACUGAUGUUUUAUAAAUAGCUCUCGGGAUGCUGGUUUUAAGAUGGUUAAACAUUGAUAUGAUGCACUUUUCCAAGAUACAAAUACUGAAAUACUUAGUUUGAAACAACACAGGAUAGGUUAUCUAACAGAAAAACCAUAAGCUGAAGGCCGGUUUAAACUUUGAAUGGACUGUUCAAAAUUCAAAGCAGGACAUUUACAUUAUACAUAUUCUAUAGGUGAAAGAUAAAACAUGACCGUAAAGAAAAACAGAGAAAAACAGUAUUGUUCGUACGUUGAUAUUUAAAGUGAAUUGGUCAACAAUAGUCACAUAUUUUAUAUGUAUAUAAAUUAUUGAUGAAAAAACAAUAGAAAUGCACCAUUUGGAUAUUCUUAUAAAAUAUUAUUCGGAAAAAAUGUUGAUAAAGUUACAAGUGAUUUAGUAUGAACAUUUAUUCUAUGAAUAAUAACAUUUUGUUCUAGAACAUUUUAUUAUCUUCUAUAUAAAUAUAUAUGUUAUAUUGGAUAUUUGUAUCUCACAUUUACCAUCAACAUCUAUAUAUAAUUAUUUCGUGUUUUGUUGUUAUGGCUGAUACCAAAAUACUAUCAACAUUAUUGUCUCUUGCACUACAGACUUUC